GCCCUCGGGUACCCCACAGCCACCGCCAUGUCCUCCGGGGCCAGCGUCAGCGCCCUGCAGCGCCUGGUGGAGCAACUCAAGCUGGAGGCCGGCGUGGAGCGGAUCAAGGUCUCCCAGGCAGCCGCACAACUUCAGCAGUACUGCAUACAGAAUGCCUGCAAGGAUGCCCUGCUGGUGGGCGUUCCCGCAGGAAGCAACCCCUUCCGGGAACCCAGGUCCUGUGCUCUAUUUUAA